UAUGGAUCUGUGAAUAGUGUGCGGACUCUACCAGAAAAAUUCUGUGCUUUUGUAAAUUUUAAAACAAAGGAGGCUGCAGGGAAAGCCAUGCAAAGUUUACAGGGGGCAGAGUGUGGAGGCCAGAAGUUACUGAUAAAGUUCCCUGACAACCCUAUAGUAAAUAGUGGUACACUUACCAUACGGAAAACCCCUAGUACCAGUCGCCCACAGCAGAGACAGACCUUUGUAGGAAAAGCGGUUGCUGCCCAAUAUCAGAACUCUACAGCAGUGAACAUUACAGCAGUGGACCAGAAGAACACCACGUGGCCUGUGAACGGGUACAAAUGUUAUUUCUGGAGAACCACUGGGUGUUCCUUCGGGGACAAAUGUCGCAAUAAACACUUAUCCUCCAGCAAAGGAGUGGACAAAAAACCAUGGCAGAAAACGUAGCAAAACUAGCGUCAAGUUCUAAAUACAAUUUACAAUACCAGGUUGUCUUUCUCUAGGUGCUUAGUAGGUUACGAUAAAUUUUUGGGA